CAGGAGGGAGAAGGGUCAAGGUCUGUGUGAUGGAUAUAUGACGAAGAAGGCGAGGAGUGAAAAAAGUGUUCAAAAUAACUUGCAUGAUCGAAAAUAUGCCCUGUUAUCGAAGAAGAACCAGUUCUGAAAGAAAAAUAAAUGCAGUCAUUGAUACCAUACUUAGAAAAGAUUCAUGUAGAGACAGAGAUCUGAAAAAACAACGAAGGGAUCAAAAAUAUCUGAAGCAGAGUGGUUAUAGCAAGUGUCAAGCUGAGGGAAAUGAGGGUGUUAAUAAUGGUAUCGAAAGUUCUGCACGAUUUUCUCUUCGGGUGAUGGAGGCAAUGCGUUCUCUUCAGAGAAGCAACGAAAAUCAAUCCUUGACCUCAUCAAACAUGGAAGAAAUAGUGAAUUAUAUUGAGGCCAAUUAUCAGUUUGAUGGCGACCUUGAUGCUCAGGUGCGAACCGUCCUGUCACGAAUAUCUCGUCAGGGAUUUAUAAUGAGCGUUGGUAAAGAAAAUUACCAUCUCUUGGGUCCUUUCGCUACCUACAUGAAUGAAAAUGGCAGUGAUCAAAUUUUGGUUCGUCCUGCCGCAAGAAGAAUAAGGGCACGUUCAAGAAGAUCUCCACGCCAUGGACGUCAUCCAUGUCAUCGAAAAGAUGGUCCGGGGAGGCCCAAAAAAUGCAAAAAAGGGGUACAACCUUCUCCGAAAGUAAUUAAGGAUCCUGAAUUAAAAACUAGGAUCAAAAACUCUGCAAAAAAUCAGGAUAUACGUUCCCGAAAUAAUAAAAAUGAAAGCCCUUCAACAAGUGUAACAUCUCCAAGCUAUCGAAUGACACGUCAUUCGAGAAAUAAAAAUGGAGGUUCUUUUAGAAAAUCAAAAAGUGCAAAAAGGAGAAAAUGUUCCCUAGACCGAGAAGAUGUAGAAGGAUUUUCUGGGCAAAAUAUAGAGUUUAAUGAAGACUAUCAGUCAGGAAAUUCAAGCAGCAGUUAUGUAACUUGUUGUGACGACUUAAAUGCCAAUAAUGCAAAGAAUGGAAAACAAGUUUAUAAAAAUGGCGUACAUUUUUGCGGAAUUAGUGGACCGUCGCGUAUGAUGAUUAAAAAUAUUUCAUCCAGUUCGGAAGAAGAAAGCUCACAGGAUAGUCUUUUUCAAGAGCUGAAGGCACACAAUUCAAAAACAGUUGCUUCUAAUAGUAAAGAUCUGAAAAAAUGGAUCAAGAAUUGUCGAAGAGGAUGCAGAAAAUGAGAAAGUCGCUAAAAGCAAUUUAUGAAUUGACAUUUAUAAAAUG